UAAACUUUUUUACAACGUACGUCUUGAAUGUGAUGAUUUUGAUAUCUUAUUCAAAUAAAGUCGAUGACAUUCAUUGUUUUUCGCUAUUUCAUAUAUUCGUUAAAUGCGCAUACAUUUAGGAACUUUUUUUCAUGUAAUGAUUAUGGCGACUGAAAUUGUGAUAUUUAGUAAUGGCGAAGAUUAAAAUGAAGCAAUUAACACAUUUAAAGGCGUGACCGAUGGCGUAUGUUUAAGGAACUUACAAACAACAACCGCCCGUAGUAUAAACAAAUAUUUUUUAACGAAUAACUCAUUUAAUAUUUGUGAUUUUUGUGAGUUAAUUGUCAAUUAACAGCGUAAACAGACGAACAGGUGCGCGCUAAACAAGGAUAUUCGUGAGAUAUUUCCUAGGUAAACCGUGGUGCUACGUGAGUGACAGUUACUUUUUAAGGUUUAACUUAGUCUAUUCUAUCAAAAUGAUAACUAAAAAGCGGAAUACAUAGACAGACUCAACUUAUAUAAAGAUUAAAACGAAUCCAAGGUCAGAGACGACCUUGUCUUCUGACCAAAGAACAGCUGUUUGUUAUUAUUUUCUUGCAUCUAGUCAUUUUUGAGCAGCUUUGCUCUACAGUUGUUCUCACAGAGUCACUAAGUGACUUAGCAUUUGACUUGACACAGCCAUGGAAAAGUAUGAAAAGAUCUGCCGUAUAGGUGAAGGAUCGUACGGAGUGGUGUUCAAAUGUAAAAACAGAGAAACGAGCCAGCAUGUGGCAAUCAAAAAGUUUGUGGAAUCAGAGGAAGAUCCACUUAUCAAGAAGAUUGCAAUGCGGGAAAUACGAAUGUUAAAGCAACUGAAGCAUCCCAACCUGGUAAACUUGAUCGAGGUGUUUCGACGGAAGAAGAGACUGCAUCUUGUGUUUGAAUAUGUCGACCAUACAGUGCUAAAUGAACUUGACAGACACCCCAGAGGUGUUCCCGAAACUAUGGUCAAAAGAAUCGUAUAUCAGAUCCUGCUUGCUGUAAAUUUUUGUCAUCAACAUCAUUGUAUCCACAGAGAUGUGAAACCAGAAAACAUCCUUAUAACAAGAUCUGGACAAGUCAAAUUGUGUGACUUUGGAUUUGCCAGAAUUUUAACUGGUCCUGGUGAUUCAUACACAGAUUAUGUGGCGACGCGGUGGUACCGAGCGCCAGAACUGCUGGUUGGAGAUACGCAAUAUGGUCCUCCUGUUGAUGUGUGGGCUGUCGGCUGUGUGUUCGCGGAACUGCUUACCGGCCAGGCACUGUGGCCAGGCAAAUCCGACGUCGACCAGUUGUAUUUAAUAAAAAAGACACUAGGUGACUUGUUGCCACGUCAUGUACAGAUAUUCUCCACCAAUUCUUUCUUCAAGGGUAUGAUUAUACCUGAGCCAGAGAGAGUGGAACCAUUAGAAGAAAAAUUUGGACACUUUUCUGAACUUGUUUUAAGCUUUUUAAAGGGAUGUCUGGCCAUGAACCCGGACGACCGGCUGACGUGCGCGGAGCUGCUGGUGCACCCGUACAUGGACCAAAACAAGGAAAUCUUUGAACCACAACCUACAAAACGAGAGAAGAGGGUAAAAAUUCCACGCACACACCACUUAAACCAUCUCCAGCAGAUGUCUCUGUUUCAGCAGCAGUACAACCAUCAGUUCCCGCACCUGGGACCCAAGAACACCUCUACCUCACCUGUACCCCAACACAAAGGCAUCUACACAAAGAACAAGCCCAACAAGCCCUUCGACCACCUGCCCAACAUAUGACUUUUUGGUCAAGGGGUUCUGCGCCACGAUGGUAACUGAAGACACUUACACCGUGCUGACUGGAACCCUGGAGGCCAUAUUUUCAUUCAAAAGACAUUACAAAAAAACUUGUUUUAAGGGAGCAAUGAACUAGAUAUAUAACUGUUUGUUACUAGUGUGUAGAGGAUGCUAAUCUGUUACAUAUGCCAUACUGAGGAAUUGUUGCCAAAACUGAUUGUCUCCCUUUCAUACCUCCAACUGAAGAGUAUUGGAAGUCUGUCUCAAAAGAAGCUUGAUAAUAUCUGUUAAAACUGAAAUUAAAGUAAUAGCGCAAGUUUAUAUGGCAAUGUUGGCAAAUGCAAUAAAAAAAAAAACGGUGCUAUUUUCAUAGUCAACACUUCGGCACUGUUCCUUGUAUUUGCAUAUUUGCCAUGUAAAACUGGAGUUGCUUUAAAUACUUUGACAGAAUGCAAAGACAUAAAAAUGAAACAAAUAUAUUCAAACAGCAUUUGACUACAAAGUUUAAGUCAAGACUAUAUUGUUGAAAGAGCUGAUUUUUAGAGAAAUUAUAGUAUGAUCAGUUUCUUGAAAGAUGGUCAGUUUUGUCCAGUAACAUAUUUAAUGUCAUGGAUAAUACAAUUUGAACAUUAGUCAGUCUGCUGAUCAAAAAGUGAUGGUUAUGUAUGGCAUAUGUAACACAGAGUUAUAGACUUUUCCUUCAAUCCUUUUUGCACUCUCCUUGUGUGUGACAUAUAUACAGAAAGGACUAAAUGUGUGGAUUAUAAGACUACGACCUGGGUCAACAGAGAAAUGUCAUUGAAAUAGAGAUUUUAUAAUAAACAAAUGUUAUAGACGAAUUUGCAAGAUUAUUUUCUGAUUUUAGAUUUUGUACUAGCUAUUAGUUUAGAUGAUGUUUUUACUCUUAUUUAUCUAAAUUUCUUUGCAACUUUCUAAUUACCAAGAUUUCAUAGGCCUAGUUACAUUUAUUAUUAUUAAUUCCAGUAUAAAUUAUGAUAACUUUUUUUUUAACAGUUUAUGCAUAUUAUUCAAAUGGCUAUGCCGUAAUUUGUUCUGUGUUCAUUUUAAGUCAGUUUGUUAUGCUUGUUUAAUAUACAAUAGUAGAGAAACCCAAGAUAUCACCAAAGUUGUAUAGUUAAGUUAUAAUUAUAGUCGGCUGUAUAUAAUGUAGAAGAAAUAAGUGACCAAAUCAAGUUUAGUAAUUCAGCUUCUAUGUACCGGUAUCUAAAUGUUUGGAUGGCAAAGUUUAAGGUCUUAAAAUUUCUUUGAUUGAUGAACUGAAAUUCUAUGUAUAAACAAUUAUGGGUAACAGUAUUUUGAAAGCUGAUGCAUAUACUAAAUUAAUGUAUUAAGAUCGAAAGUGGCCAAUCAAUUUUUACUCAGUAAUCAGUAGCACUUAUUCCAAAAUAUUUAAAAACAAACUCUGUUGUAAGAAACCCAAUUCUUGGUUCCCCUCCUCCCCUCUGUGUGGCACUUUACUAUGUCUGCCCUAUUCUUGCACUGCAAAAUGCACCUUUCAGAAUAUUUCAAGCCAUCUAGUAGCAAAAAGUUUGACCGUUUUCAAAUUUAAUUUAUUGUUUAGCAUGCGAAUGUAGAAUUUAGAUCUCCAAUGCACAUGAAAUGUCUGCACUAAGACUAAUCUUUUAAAUAUGAUCCUUUUAAAUUAUCCAAAGAUUUGUUUGCUGUCUAGCAUUUGAUAUCGCACGAAGGGCUGAGGCCUCUUGAAAAAUGAUAUAUAGUAAAAGAAUUAUCCUAGAAUUAAAUAUUUUCAUACGUUUUUGCAGAUUUAAUGAAGGCUACUGCAUGGUUCAAAUCUUCCUUUGUGUCAAUAUAACCUGUCUGCCUCCCAGUUUGUUUACUAUAUUGCACAGCAUGUUUGAACUUCACUGUAAAAUUAUAGAGAGGUUGCAAAGCCACACUUGAAUGGAUACGUGUACUUGUGGCCUACUUUAUGUGCACUUCGUCAUCAGGAUAUGUGUACCUGUGGCCCACUUUUUGUGCACUUCAUCAUCAGAAUAAGUGUACUUGUGGCCUACAUUAUGUGCACUUUGUCAUGAGCAUACGUGUACUUGUGGCCUUCUUUAUCUGCACCUUGUCAUCAGGAUAUGUGUACAUUGUACAAGUUAAAAUAAACAUGUAUGAUGGCACAGGGAAAGUGAUUUAUGCAAGUUUUGUCGAAUGUUAUGGAACAAACUUUAAGUGAAACUUAGCAAUCUGAUUUUGAACUCAGAUACAACUGCUACCGUUAUGUCUAUCUACGCGUACAAGUACACACACAAUUUAUAUCUAGUUUUGCAACCUCUCUAUUAACCCAAAUUGACAAGAUGGCUCCCAGAAAAGAAAAUGAAUUAUGGCCAGAAAGGGCUCCAUAUAGCGGGCUCAUUUUCGUACCUCUUUCUCAGGAAAGCUUGGGCAAUUUAAAUUUUCUGUAGAUAUGCCCAAAAGACUUUUGUUUCAAAUAAAGUGAGCUUCAUGCUUUCAUUGCCAUUUUUUUCUCAUUUUAUCUCGUUGUACGUGAAACUGUUUGAAAAAUCUGAUAUUAUAGUCAGAGCCAAUGGAGUUGUCCAUUUAGCGCCCAGAUUUACAAUUGCUGUGAAAGAUACCUGAAUUCCAUUACAAUAUAUUGUCAUGUUCAUAAAGAAUUGCAUGGCAUUGCGUAUACUAAGAAAUAGAUGCCAACUGUAUCAAAACCAGGAAUGGUUAUCAAUAUUGAUUUUUAUGUUAUUUUAAGUUUCUGGCCAGUUUUAAGUCUACCAAAAUACUGAGUUUACAGUUAAUUUGUCAUUGUUUUAGUGGACUGGGUGUGUCCAAAAACAUAUUUAACUUUAAGAUUUUACAUCAUUUUGAAUAGAUAUUACACCCAGGAUUUUAAUUGAAUACCUUGUUAUCAAUUUUGAAAGUAUGGUAGGUUUAAAGCCAUUUUAAGCAGUAAUAAAGAAAUAAUAAUUGUCCAUGACGUGAAAAUCAAUAUUGAAAGCCUUUAAUCAUUAAUAAUUAUUUAGAAAAUAGUACAAUUUUAUUGUCAACAAUGUUCUAUUUUUGAUGUUGUUUGCCUUCACGUAGCAAUGGUCAUUAGUGUUGUUUCAUUCCAGAAAUUGUGUGCUGCUAAUAAUAUCAUUGUGAUAAUGUACAGAUAAUUGUUUUGCCUUUGAACUGAUCACUUGGUUAUGCGGAUAGAAAACUGUUGUAAAUAUUAUUUUUCUGUCAGGUACAGUAAAGGGAUAGUCAUUUUUUAAUUUAAUUGAACAUUAUAUUUUAAACAUUUUUGUUUUUGAACUUAUAAUGUACUGCUAACACACUGUACCAGUUAAAUACUGUGAAAAAGUAUGCAAGGGAAAAUAUACAUAAAACUAUUUGAAAAAUUGAUCUGUUUCAUCUCUUUACUGGCUACAUAUUAAUUAUUAUACUGUAGAUCUGACUUAUAAAUUAAUAGUUUGGAUGAACAAAUGUAACUGCUGCACGAAUUUUAAAAACUGCCAAUAUUUCUCAAUUGAUAUUUCUAUGAUUACACAACUCUUCAAUCGAAUAAAUCGAAUAGAUAUUUACAGACUGAAGCACUUGCAUAUUUGUAAAUGCUUUUAAACAUUUGGCUAUGGUAAAUACUCUGUAUUUUAAUAUCUGUUUUUCUCCACUUAAAUAUUGUGCACUUUUGAGUUUAAAUUCUCAAGACAACCAUGAUUUUACCAUGAGCAAGAAAACUUGUAGUUGUUUAUGUUCCUUAGAAAUUAUUGUCAACACUCUCCAGUAAUUUAAGGUAGAUUUAAUGACUGUUGUAAGUUAGAGCUUUUAUUUACGCUGCAAUAAGAACUAUUUGUCAAUGCAUUGAUAUGGUGAAAUAAUCCAAACAAAGGGUGCAUAAUUGUAUUCCAACUUUAGAUUUUAAUUAACUAAUAAUUAAUACAAAUGACUUCAUUUUUAAAGUGCAGGUUAUUUAUAAAUUUGCUAAUAUUUGCAAACAAUUAAAAAAACAACAUAAGACAAUGUUAAUUACGUUGUCCUGCAGAAUUAGAUAAUGCCUUUUAAACAAAACAGCUAAAAAAGAAGAAUCUUCAAGUCUGAAUGGGACUAUUUACUCUUGUUAGUUCAAAUUUAACAAAAUUAUAUUAUUACUAUUAUUUUUUUUCAAAGGGUCAUAAACCUAUAAUAAUGUUAUAUGCACCAAAAUAAUUAUCAUUUUUCAAGAGUUGAAUAUAAAUCUUGAAUUUGGAUACUUCAAAAAUAAAUAAUCUCUAUGAUAAUACAUAAUUUAAUUUUAUGGAAUAUAAAAGGUUAGCCUACGUUUUAAAAGAUUUACAUCCACUUGUGCUAUGAUAGGAGUCAAUAUUUCUGCUACAAGUAGUUAGCCAUUGUAUAAUCAGUAAACGUAGCAUUUGCGUAAGUUAUAUUUUUGCAUUUACUGCUAAAUGACACUUAUAAAUGAUACACCUCCAUUGUAUGAUCAUCUUUUUUUGUUAUCAGAGACAUAAGUUUCCAUUUGCUAUUUGUACACUUUUAGUCUUUAAUAAUUGCAUAGAAAUUCCAAGAGAUAUAAUUAUUAUUAUAGUAAUUGUAUUUUGUGUACAUGUCUGUGAAUGUGUAUUAUGCUUAUUAUACCAUUUUAUGUUAUCGCAGGAAUUCCAUGAUUCAUAGUUGUUAUGCUUGUCUACCUAUUUACGUGAAUGGAUUUUCAUGUUGAUUAUGAAAUUAAGUCGACACCUUUACCAUUUUACCUGUUCUUGUUUAAAGAUCUGAUCAAUGUAUACUUUGUACCUUAUUAUUAUUACUCAGUUUAGUCAUUUAAAAAAAAUGUCUUACAGAUUUUUACUUAAAGUGACAAAUAUGUAAGUUUGAUGUCAGAAUUUUUUUUUUCUCUAAAUUCAAGCCAUGGCAUGUUUGUACUAUUUUGUAAUACAUAACUGUUUGUAAUUUUGUUCUGAAUGUAAAUUGUGAUUUAGCUCAAGUCAUUUUACUGGACAUCCCUGUUUCAUUUUGGUAAAAUUAUCCAAUGCCAAAGGUCAUAUAAACAUUUGUAAAAUUUAUCAUGCUAAACAAGAACCUUUUAAUUCUUUAUUCAUUCAACUGAAUUUUGUUAUUUGUAAUGGUCUACUUAUUAGAAAUAAAUGUUAGUAUAUGGGGAAA